AUGCGAGAACCUUCUUCCAUGGCAACCCAAGCUCUUCGUCCUCCUCAUUUCUCCGAGGAAGUAGCUUGGCUUCCAUGCUGGCUUCAGAGUCUAGGAACGAAUGGCUCUAUUGAGUUUGUUAAGGAAUCUCAAUCAAAGUAUCCAGGACCUUCUCAAGAAACUGGUAAUGACGGAAAAGAUUUCAAUGCAAUAUCAAGGGAAGAAGGUAGAUAUAGAAGUUGUCAUUUAUUCUUAUCUGGAGAUGACAGUUCACCUAUUAGUGUUGCUUCAUCUCCUGAAAAUGUGUUUCACUUUAGUCUGCGUCUCUCUUCAGAUAUUAAUUCACUCACUUACCCGACCCAAAAUUUGAAUGAAUCUCGUGAUGUUGUUGCACCAAGCAGAGUAUUGUCAUUGCAAGCUAUUCAACCUUCUACCAAUUUUAUGGAAAACAUGCAUUCGGUGAUGGAUCCUCUUAUAUGUGGACUAGAUUUGCUGCCUGCCUUCAUCCCUGAAACUGUGGAAAAGGAUGCUUCAAAAUCUCUCCUUGAUGCAACUGAUUCUGUUGAGAAACAGAAAGAAGAAUUUGAGGUUAAAGGUUUCGAAGGUGCUGAUGUCAGUAAUGCAGUUGAACUUUCUAUUGCUGCAUCUGAGGCAUUGGUCAUACAUGAUUUGGCGAAGUUGGACUCAGUUUCAGAAACAAUGCGUGCAGAAGCUGUACUUGAAGUUGCACUUCUUGUGAAGCAGGCACGUCAAGGGUUGGAAGAUGGCUUUCAAUCCUCAAAAGAGGAAUCUGACUAUAGUGAUUCGCUUUCGGAUUUGAAUGAUUUCAUCAUGGAAGAUGCCUAUGAAGAUAUAGGCCUACCAAUUGGUGUUCCUGUUGAGAAUAAUCUUUGCAGUUCAACUAUAUUUCAAGCAAAAGGUAUGUCCAAUGUUGAAAAGGGUAGUGGAGGAAAUAAAGAACAUAGUGAUGAUGAGCGUACUUCUCAGCUUGACAAUUUUGAUGAUAAAUCUAAAAAAAAGCAGUUAGAAGUUACUGUGGAGAGGGAGAUGCAGCAAAAUACAGACUCACCUCAUCAUUCUUUACUCUGUGAGAAGGAAAUGCAUUCUGAUGAUCCUGGUUUGGGUGAAAACGCUCUCAAACAUUCCGAUAAUAGGCUUCCUAUUUCUCAUCAGUGCAAGGGGAAUAGUAUCAAGCUACCAAACAGUGUCAACUCAUUACUUGUUGAAAAUUUUGAAAAUUUCAAAAAGGAGAAUGGGGCAACUUACCCAGCUCCAGAAAGAUUUAGAAGCCGCUGGUUAGGGGGGUGGACAUAUUCAUCUUCAUCAAAUAAAAAAAAUGCAGAAUGGAUUCCAAAGUUUCUUGUCAGAGAGACAAGCUUUCUUACAGAAUCUGUAGAUAUUGUUCCUGAUGAGAAUUCUUGUGUGCUGAGAAAUGACCCCACGCGUGCCAUUGGCUCUCAGCUAAGUAUGCCUUUUGAAGACUCACACAACAAACCUGAUGAGAGCAUAUUGCAGUCUCAAGAUGUCAUCAGAUGUUCUAGUCUAUCAUUAACUGAUCCUCUCUGUUCAGUUGUUCCGUGUAGCCUUUCCUUAGAGCAUGUCAAUUACAAUGCUCAUAUUGACAAAAACAAUGAUACUGAGGAUUUUGUCCCAUCCGUUUCUGAAUUUGAGGUGGACAAUUUUCAAAGGAUCUUGGAUAAGAAUGUUAAUAUUUGCUGUAGUGAUGAGAAAAUUAUGUCUGUGCUAGAUGGUAAAGAUAUUCCAAUCACAGAAACAAGGAUGGAUGACCAAGUCACUGGGAAGUUAACGAGGGUUGAACAUACUUCUCUUAAGACUUAUAGCACGAUUGUACCAAACCAAGAUCUCAACCUAGACUAUAAUGUGACUGAACUUCCAAUCGACCAGAGUAUGGGUAGUGCAGCAUCUUUGGGCACAAAGAUUUGGGAGAGCCUAUCUGCUUCAAAGCAUGCAGAUGGAAACAAAAAUAAAGCAGAUAAUCAGCAUUCGGUUGAUCACAAGUCAAUUACUGAAAUAACAAAUUACAAGUGUGGUGAUGAGUUAAAAGCAGCAAAUGCAUGUGGCAUUUCAGCAGAACCAACACAAGACAGAAGAUCACCAAUUAUUCUAAACAAUCGCAUACGACGGCGCUUGCUGGGCCCUAUGAAUGUUGCAAAUGAUGUCAGUGUAGAGAAAAAUAUGGAGCAGGAUGGAGUAUCAGAAACUGUCAUUCAAAAUCAACAGAAUAAUAAUAUUAAUGAACUGCAGAUUGAGGGUAAUAAAUUCCACAGUAGACAUUUUAGAGUCAGAAAGAAGGUACAUUUUUCAGAAAAAGUGGAGGAGCUUAAUCCGAAAAGGAAAUUAUCAAAGUUGGAAUCCUCACAUAAAAGAUGUUCAUCUGUUAGAGCAAAAAGGCAGCGAGUUUCAAGGUCAUUGACCGAUUCUGUGCCAAGUAUGAAACAUUCUCUGACAAAUUAUUGCAGAAACAGAGUGAAUGAAUUUAUAUUUCAAGGUAUAGAGUUCCUUCUAACAGGAAUACCUAGUGAGAAGGAAAGGGACGUGGAAGCACUUAUAAGGAAUUCUGGUGGAGUGGUUCUUUAUGAUAUUCCCUCUCCUCAAAAUUCUGGGGUCAAGAGAAAUUCAACUUUAUCUCAUUUUCCCAUUGUUCUUUGUAUGAGAAAGCUGCAAACCACCAAAUUCUUAUAUGGUUGUGCUGUUGGUGCCUCAAUACUGAAAGUUGAUUGGCUGACUGAUUCUGUUGCCUCUGGAACUAUUUUGAAACCUGAAAAGUAA